AAAGGCGAGAGAUCAGAGAAAGAGCAGGCGACCAACACGGCUUUGGAGGGCUAGUUAGCAACGACUUUGUCGAAUCCACACCAACCGGGUACUGUAGAACGGGCGACGCUCAAAAUCUGACACAUUAUUUACGUAAAUGAUCGUAUGGAUUAAUUUCAACAUUCAGUCAAAGAAGAAACCAGUUUCUCAACUUGACUGCAUAGCGUCAGAUUCCCCAUACUGGUCACUCGAAAGAGACACAGAGGACUUGGACGGAGAUGAAGACUCUGGAGGAACCCCCCUACCUGACAGUGGGGACGGACGUCAGUGCCAAGUACAGGGGGGCGUUCUGUGAAGCCAAGAUCAAGACAGCCAAGAGGCUGGUGAAGGCCAAGGUGACCUUUAAACCAGAUCUGUCCACAGCGGAGGUCCAAGAUGAACACAUCAGAGGGCCUCUAAAGGUGGGAGCUGCUGUGGAGGUCAAGAACCAGGAUGGAGUUUAUCAGGAAGCCACCAUCACCAAGCUGACAGAUGCCAGCAUCUACACUGUGGUGUUCGAUGACGGUGAUGAGAAGACCCUCCGCCGCUCCUCUCUGUGUCUCAAAGGAGCGCGUCACUUUGCAGAGAGCGAGACCCUGGACAGGCUGCCUCUCACCAACCCAGAGCACUUUGGAACUCCUGUCAUCGGCAAGAAGGGCAACCGUGGCCGGCGCUCAAACCCAGUCCAGGAGGAGGAGUCAUCUUCAUCCUCCAGUGAGGAGGAGGAGGGGGACCAGAAGCAGAAUGAGGAUCUGUUCGGGAAGGUGGUGUGUGUGGAGGCCGUCGUCACGGGAGACAAGAAGAAGACCACGUGGUACCCUGCUCUGGUCAUCUCCCCGGAUUGCCAUGACGACGUCACCAUGAAAAAGGACAACAUCUUCGUCCGCUCCUUCAAGGACGGAAAGUUUUACACCGUGCUGAGGAAAGACGUGAGGGAGGUGGAUGGUCGCUCUCCCCCCAGAGCAGAUGCAGUGCUGAAGCCAGCGCUGGAUGCGGCUCUGGAGUUCCAGCGCCAGGCCUCGGUCCCCGGUGCCUGGAGGACGGAGGUGAAGGACGAGAGCUCCAGCAGCGAGGAGGACGACGAGGACGAGGACGAGGAGGAGGAGGAGGAGGCCAGUAGCGAGGAAGAGGAGGAGGAAGUGGAGCCCUACCCAGAGGAGAAGGAGAACUUCCUGCAGCAGCUGUACAAGUUCAUGGAGGACCGAGGAACCCCCAUCAACAAGAAGCCAGUGCUGGGCUACAGAAACCUCAACCUCUUCAAACUCUACCGGCUGGUGCACAAACUGGGUGGCUUUGACAGUAUCGAGAGCGGUUCUGUGUGGAAGUCUGUUUACCAGGACCUUGGCAUCCCUGUUCUCAACUCUGCCGCUGGCUACAAUGUCAAAUGUGCUUACCGCAAGUACCUGUACGGCUUCGAGGAGUACAGCACCUCCACAUCCAUCACCUUCAGGAUGGACCUGCCACUCAAGCAGGGGCCCAAGGGGGAAGCCAAGGUGGAGGGGGAGGAGGCUGGGGGCCCCGCGGGGGCCAUGGGGCCCCCUGCAACCUCCAGCACAGAGGACAAGACAAAUCCGGAGGGGGAGCCCAGCCCGGCCGCGGCUUCUGUCAGCAAGGAGGAGAAGCCAGAAGCAGGCAGGAACAAGACGGGUCUGGAUCCUCCCAAGGCUGAGCUGAAGGACGGAGGCGAGGAAGAGGAGGAUGAUGGCGGGCCGCAGAAGCGCGAGGCUGACAAGGGUCUGUCGGUGUCUCGUCUGGGGGCGGAGGGCAUGAAGCAGGAGGAGGAGGAGCAGCAGGAGGAGGACCCGGCUGGCAGGGUCGUCUGUAGGGAUGUCAGCAGUCAGGAGGGGGAGGAAGGGGAGGAGGUUGAGUGUUACCCCCCGGGGAUGAAGGUGCAGGUGAGGUACGGGCGCAAUCUGAAGACGUACGAGGCCACUGUGAAAGAGGCAGGCGUGGAGGGGGGACAGGUGCUCUACCUGGUGCACUACUGUGGCUGGAACAUGAGAUAUGACGAAUGGGUCAAAGCGGACAAGAUUGUGCGCCCUGCCAAUAAGAAUGUUCCAAAAGUCAAACAUCGCAAGAAAAUAAAGAACAAAGCGGAGAGAGAGAGGGACAGGCAGGAGAGGCUGAGCGAGAGAGAGGAUCUGGGCUCCUCCCCCAACAACCGCGCCCCCCGCCCCCUCAAGCCCUGCUCCGCCCAGGAAGGGUUCUCCAAGAUGGAGGAGGCCUCAGAGAGCUCUACAGAUGAAGAUGACCGUGAGGAUGAAGAGGGUGACCGUGACGACGAGGACCGUCCGGGGGGGCGCAGGGGUCUCCGGAGGGGGGGUCCCCCUGAUCUCCCCCAUGGGGCUGAACGCUGGGACGGGGGCCCGCCCCUGGAGGGCUGCAAACCGCCUCCCACCAUCACUGGGAAGAUCCAAGAACCAAUCAGCUCAGAGAGUCCAGAGAUGGGCAAACGGCGGGGCCAAUCAGAGUUUCAGGUGGUCAGCCCCAGGAAGAGGAGGAGUGAAGGGGCAGCGGAGCGGAGCACCAAGGGCCCGUCUAAAGCCAAGACCAGGAGCACCAGGAGCGCCGACUGGCUCCCUGCGGGGGCCCCGAGGAGGGCGGAGGACAGGGGGGAGCGGGGGCCCUGUCCAGGGGAGGAGCGAGCCCCCUCCUCCAGCUGCAGCUCUGAGGAUGAGGGGCUCCAGACCCCCGAGGCCCCCGCCGGAGACGGGGACAGAAGCCGGCCCAAACCCAGAGGCUCGCCCUCCAAAAAGUACAACGGCAUCAAGGACAAGCCCAGAGGGGGUCGGCCCUCCGGGUUCUGGGACAUCCCUGAGAAGAGGGCCAAGAUGGCAGCCGGCGGCACGGAGGACAGGCCAGCCGGACGCAGUAAAGGCCAGAAGGACGUGUGGUCCAGCAUCCAGGCGCAGUGGCCCAAGAAGACCCUGAAGGAGCUGUUCUCUGACUCGGACACGGAGGCGGCCAACUCCCCCCCCCCAGCCGUGUCUGCCUCGGGGCUGGAGGAGGCCAGGGGGGAGCGGGAGGGGGGCCCCGGGGAGGAGGCCCUGGAGGAGCAAAACGACAAGCUGCAGGAGUUCCCAAGCAGUGGGAGCAACUCUGUCCUGAACACCCCCCCCACCACCCCGGAGUCCCCCUCCAUGGAGGGCCCCGGGCGGCCCCCCUCCCCUCCUCCAUCCUCCGCCCCUGUCCCCGCCCCGGCCCCGAGCCCCCCCCCAGCCCCCCUGCCCCCAGCCCCCUUGCAGGAGGAGGCAGCGGGGGGCCGUAGUGAGACUGACAGCAGCACGGUGGAGGUGGAGAGUCUGGGAGGGGAGAGCCAGGACAUCCCCCUUGCGGACGGGACCCCGUCCCCCUCCAAGGCCUUCGACGGCAGCCUCUCCUGCAACAGCAGCAGCACCUGCAGCCUGGAGCUGAGCGGCAGCAGCCAGCAGGACAGCGAACAGAAAGCCAAAGUGUCUGCUACUCAGAAGCGGCACAAAGAACUGCAGGCUAGCGGAGCCGCGAAGAAACACAAGCCAAACCGCAAGAGCCUUGGAGUUCCUCCCAAAAAGAACCGCAAAACUGCCCACCACAGCAGCGACAGUGAGGACCAGUCUGUGGGGGAGGGUACCGUGGGGGAGGGGGCUGCCAAAUCACCCGCCUCAAAGCCCAGCACCACCGAUAUGAAGGGUGCUAUUUCUCCUAAGUGCCCAGGCAGAACUCCCCCAUCCAGCCAUAAGUACCCCAAGCACGGAGAUGACCACAGCCACCACCGAGAGCACCACGGACGCACGCCCCGGGUAUACAAGUGGAGCUUUCAGAUGGCAGACCUGGAGAAGAUGAGCAGCCUGGAGAGGAUCUCCUUCCUACAGGAGAAGCUGCAGGACAUCAGGAACCACUACCUGUCCCUGAAGUCUGAGGUGGCCUCCAUCGACCGCCGGCGGAAACGCAUGAAGAAGAAGGAGAGAGAAAGUACAGUUGCAGCCUCCUCCUCGUCCUCCUCCUCGUCCUCCCCAUCCUCCAGCUCGCUCACAGCAGCCGUCAUGCUGACCCUGGCCGACCCCCCCGUGUCCUCCUCGUCCUCACAGAACUCUGGCGUGUCGGUGGAGUGCAGGUGACAAGACGUCCCAGCAGGGAGCCACAGCACUGAGCACUUAACCAGCGCCCUGCACCCCCAGCGCCGUGCCCUGCCCCCCCCAGCGCUGUGCCCUGCCCCCCCCAGCGCUGUGCCCUGCCCCCCC